UUAUGUAGCUGAAAUUGUGAUAUUUAUACACCAGGAUAACUGUGAUUAAACGGAGCUAGAUUUUAAUAAACAACGACUAGCAUUUUGUUCACAUUUUACACUAAUUUUUCAAUGUGUCUGACUCUUAAAAUUAGGUUUCAGGUUUAUUAUCUCAACAAAUUUAUGGCUUAAAACGUUAUCAAAUUUGCCAGAUUUUUAAAACAUUAUCAAAUUUGCCAGAUUUUAAGGUCUUUAAAAUGGCACCAAGUUUGGUACAUGCCUCAGAUAUGUCAUACAAUUAUAGAAUUGGUACUAUGCAUUUGCGUUUUUUGCAUUUGUAAUAAAAAAUUUGAAUAACUGAUCACUUUCCUGUUCCUGUUUAAGGUUCUUUUCAUUAUUUUAGAUCUAAUUAAUAAUAGAUGAAAGAUGAUAAUUAUUUACACCAUCUGACGUUUCCUAAUGUUAUCACAUGACUCUUGUUUAUAUCACAUGAAAUAAUACUGGUUCAAAAUUAUUUGCUCGUAAGAUGAGAUUUAUCUCAGUUGUUGAUGAUUUAUCACAUUUGAACUCUAUCCUGAGAAUGUGUAUCGGGUACAAACUGCCGAUAUAUCUGCUGUUUGUGACUUUAAUAGGCUUAUCAGCUCAGUAUGCCCCAAACUGGGCUUCUCUGGACACAAGACCUUUGCCGAACUGGUAUGACGAGGGGAAGAUUGGUAUUUUUGUAGUAUGGGGCUUGUACGCGGUCCCUGCCCUCCAGAAUGAGUGGUUCUGGGAAAUGUGGCAUGAUCAGCACAAUGAGGAAAUCGUUAAAUACAUGCAAGACAAUUACAAACCUGAUUUCACAUACCAGGACUUUGCUGCUGAGUUUACUGCUGAUCUGUUUGAUCCAGAGGAUUGGGCGGAUAUAUUUAAUGCUUCCGGGGCAAAGUAAGCUCUUGUAAUGUGUUUCUGUAUCUGUGUACUCAAUCUUGAAUAUUUUAUGUCUGCUCUGUGAGAAAUAUGUAAAGUAUUAUAGUACAUCAGUGCUCCAUUGUGGCCUAAAUAGCAAGGUUGGGCACCCCACUACCCUUUUCCGGCACCCUACUGCUUUUUUACUAUACCCUGAAGUGCCCUUGUGAAUAUUUUAUGUUGGUUCUGUAAGAAAUAUGCAAAGUUGUAGUAUUCAUUAAACAUAGAGGGUACAUGUACAUUUUAUUUUGCAAUCUAUUUUAUUUGCUGCCACAUAAUAUGCCCUCAAGUCGGAUUUUCAGAACCACACCAAAGACACAUGGAUGGCUUGACAGAUGUUGGCCCUUAUAGGUACCUUUGUGUCAGU